AGCUAAACUUUAAAAGGUCUUCCUUUUUUUCGUGGAGGCAGAUUUAAGUUUUUUUUUUUUUUUAAUUAGCUAGUCUGUAUGUAAAUUAAUUUGUCUGAGUUAAUUGUUUAGUCUCCUUGGUCACAUGGAACAGAUUUCCUGAUCAUUGGCUGAGCAAGACUUGUCUUUUUUCUAUGUCAUGGACUGUAGCCGUUUACAAUGUACUUUUCUUUCUGUAGUUUUAUUAUUAGCAGUAGUAUUUUUCUCUAAAGACGAGGAUUUGAGAGGGAUAUUUGGCUACUGUCUGUAGCAAAUCAAACAUAUCAACUAUGACCACGGCUCUGAGAGGAACUUCGAUGGUUCUGCACAUUAUUGAUCAAAAAUACGUCGAAACUGAAGCAGAAAAGAAAGCAAGGCAGAAACUCCAAGAAGAUAUCAUAAAUACUAAACCACCAUAUAGUGUUGGCUCUGUUGAUAGUUUGAACCAAGAUCUCAAGCAUUACAACGAAGAACUACGAUACCGUCUACCUUUGGUCUGUGAAAAGAAAGCAAUCGUUGGAGCUCAAGACUCAAGCAGUGAAAAUACAAGAUCGAAUUUACCAAACUGCAGUUUCCUGGGAACUGAAAACCAGAAAACUGGUUUCAAUGACAACAGCGACCCCUGUAAAAAUGGAACUCCCCGGCUCAUUGAGACGUGUGUCUUCCCUGGUUUUCAGAAGCACCAAGUGACAUCUUUACCUUACAACAUCCAACCAAAAGAAAUGUUGAAGAAGGCUCUUCAGGCUCAUUAUUCCACAAUUGGUUCUCUCCAGCGCCCAACGUUUGAGAAAAUUCUAUAUUCCAAAAGAUGCCAAGACAUAUUACAGGACAUCUUCUGGUAUUUAUUUCUCACCAAUUUCCAGCCUGAUUUAUCUGUACAGCAGAAGUUGUUCCAUCGAGUUGCUGUCAAUUAUGUGAACCUCAUUGACCUAGCAAGGAGGGAAAAGUAUUUUGCAGACACUUUAUUUAAGGAAUUACCAAAGCUGAUGUCACUGGCAGUUUAUGGAACAUUCCAGCACAGUUUCCCAGACUCUCACUGCCAGUUUGACAAUGUCUUUAAACAGUCAGUUAUUGAACUAAUAUGGUUGUGGAUGACAGGAAUUAAACCAAUCCCCAGUUUCUGGAAGAAUUGGAAUUUUGAUCUCUUACAGGUGAAUCCAGUGAAAAUUCCAGAUGAAACCUCAAAGAAAUGGAGAAAAACAGUUCCUGAACUAAACAGAGCAAAGUUGGACCACCAUUUGACACUUACUUCCUAUGUGGCCACCACAGGCGAAAAUGUUUACACAAAACAAUUGAUCUCAAUGAGUAUUUGCCAAAGGAAAACUUCAAGAAACUUUCCUAUCAAAUGGCUUCCUCAACAAGAAACUCCAGAGAAAACGGGAACCAUUGGGAGAUCCAUCUUUAAUACAACAAGCUGUUGUCCACUGGUCGAUCAUUUCCUUCGAUCUAAAGACGCAUUGAUUCAGGUUGGUGGGAAGCAUUUUGUUCAGAGAAGCUAAACGAUAACGAACUGAGCAAAGACAUUUCUCUAAAGACACUGCACUAAUACACACAUACAUAU